UGUGUCCGACGAGUUGGUGAUCCUCGCGCGUAACGGGACCUUCUCCAAAAAAAACAAAAAAAAACAAAGCAAACUUACCUUUCAAACUGUUGCGCGCGUUCUUCUGCACUCGGCUCGUCUCCAAGCAAACCGGGACGCUCUCUGGACUUGAGGGAAUACUUGGGACUAUCCCGAGAUGGAGUAUACGUCAUCCCCCAAACCGCAGCUUUCGUCGCGGGCCAACGCUUUUUCCAUAGCCGCGCUCAUGUCCAGCGGCAAGCCCAAGGACAAGGAGACGGAGGAGAGCACGAUCAAACCGCUCGAGCAGUUCGUGGAGAAGUCUUCCUGUGAGCAGCAGCAGGCCCUGGCCUCUCUGGACAUGGCCUCUCUGGACGCGCACGGAGACUUCAGCAGCGGGGGCGCGCCUAGUGUGUGCACGGAGCCGCUCAUCCCCACCAACCCCGGCGUGCCCAGCGAGGAGAUGGCGAAGAUCAGCUGCAGCCUGGAGACCAAAGAGCUGUGGGACAAGUUCCACGAGCUCGGCACCGAGAUGAUCAUCACCAAGUCCGGGAGGAGGAUGUUCCCCACCAUCCGCGUGUCCUUCUCGGGGGUGGAGCAGGACUCUCGGUACAUCGUGCUCAUGGACAUCGUGCCCGUGGACAACAAGCGUUACCGUUACGCUUACCACCGCUCCUCGUGGCUGGUGGCGGGAAAGGCCGAUCCUCCACUUCCGGCCAGGCUGUACGUGCACCCGGACUCGCCGUUCACCGGAGAGCAGCUCCUCAAGCAGAUGGUGUCCUUCGAGAAAGUCAAACUCACCAACAACGAGCUGGACCAGCACGGCCACAUAAUCCUGAACUCCAUGCACAAGUACCAGCCCCGGGUCCACAUCAUCAAGAAGAAGGAGCACACUGCCUCGCUGCUCAACCUGAAAUCCGAGGAGUUCCGUACCUUCGUGUUCGUGGAGACGGUCUUCACCGCGGUCACGGCCUAUCAGAACCAGCUGAUCACCAAACUGAAGAUCGACAGUAACCCGUUCGCCAAAGGCUUCCGAGACUCGUCGCGGCUCACGGACAUGGAGAGGGAGAGUGUGGAGAAUCUGAUCCAUAAACACUCGUACGCGCGCUCCCCCAUCAGGACUUACAGCGGAGACGAGGAGAGUCUGGGCGAGGACAGCCACGCCACACACACCAGAGCUGGUUUUAUCUAG